AUGUGGAAUUAUUGCUUAAUAUUAGUUUUCUUGUUUAUUUCCGGUUGUGUUGCUGGUUCACGUGUUGUUAAUACCGCUCAAGGUCAAGUUAAAGGAUACAGUAAUGAUGGAGGUGGCUUCUUCACUUUUUAUAGCAUUCCUUACGCCAAAGCUCCGAGUGGUAGGGACAGGUUUAAGGCGCCCUUACCAGCCCCCAAGCGACCCUACAUUUUAGAAGCUAUCGACAAAGGGAUCGUGUGCCCACAACCCAUAGAUUUAUGGGACCUUUACAAUCGAAGCUUAGUAAUAACGGAAGACUGCCUCAUCGCUAAUGUUUUUGUACCAGAUACGGACAAAACCGAUCUACCCGUAUUAGUAUAUGUACAUGGUGGUGGAUACGCAAUAGGCUAUGGAAAUUUCCUUACUUACGAAAAUUUAGUUAAGACCAAAGAUCUUGUUGUCGUCACCUUUAAUUAUCGUUUAGGACCUCACGGGUUCCUCUGCUUAGGAACAGACGACAUACCAGGGAACGCAGGUAUGAAAGACCAAGUCGCUCUACUAAGAUGGGUCAAAGAUAAUAUUGCGAAUUUUGGUGGAAAUCCAAAUGAUGUUACAAUAGCUGGGUACAGCGCUGGUGCAUCUGCAGUUAGUUUAUUAAUGCUGUCAAAAAUGGCUCGAGGACUGUUCACAAAGGUUAUACCUGAAAGCGGUACCGAUAUAGCGUCGUGGAGUGUCCAGGUCGAUCCAAUAUGGAUCGCAAAAGAAUACGCACGACUUUUAAACUUCUCUAACUAUAACGAUCUAGAGAGCUUAGAAGAGUUUUACAAAACGACUUCUUAUGAAAUUUUAUCCUUUGAAGCUUUUAAAAUUAUGGGUCGAACGGACACAUUUUCUUUGUCUCCAUGCGUAGAGCGCGAUACGGAGGGAGAAGAGUUUCUCACUGAUUCGCCCAUGAACAUCUUGAAGAGCGGCGACUAUCCCAAACUUCCUAUUCUCCACGGAUUCGCCCAAAUGGAAGGCCUCAUGAGAGUCGUAGUUUUCGAUGAAUGGAAAGAUCGUAUGAACGAAAAUUUUUCGGAUUUCCUACCGUUGAAUCUUAAAUUUGAAACAAAAGAAGAGAGAAAUUCAGUUGCGAAUAAAAUAAAACGAUUUUAUUUCGGAGACGAUCCAGUUAAUGAAGAGAACAUUUUGAAUUAUGUAAACUUCAUUUCCGAUAUGGUUAUCGCUUAUCCGACCUUAAAAUCUGUCCAAUUGCAUUUAGAUGCUGGACAUGAUAAAAUAUACUUAUAUGAAUAUGCAUUUGUUAGUGAAGAUGUUCCAAUAAUACCUCACACGGAGAUACGAGGAGCUGACCAUUGCGCACAAUCAGUUAUGGUGGGCGACGGGAAUUUGACUCAUACCGAUGACAUGAUAUUUACGCAAGAAUACAGACAAAUGAAGAAAGUUGUGCGAGAGCUUUGGUCGAACUUUGUAAUAAAAGGACAACCAGUACCGGAUGGAUCUGACUUGCCAUCCUGGCCUCCGGUGAAUAAAGACUGGUCUCCGCACAUGGUGAUCGAUAAUCCACUGCGCCUGAGUGGAUCUCUUCUCAAAGAAAGAGCAUUAUUCUGGGACGAAAUCUAUGAGAAACAUUAUCGUAAUCCAUCUUCACCACAGAAAUUGCCUAAAAUCAAUUCUGAAUUGUAA